UUUCUCUUGUAGACAUAGAAGGAGUUGGAUUUUUCGACGCAGUUUAGGUGUGGAGGGGAGGUGGGUGUGCCUGGAAAUGCUUUGCAUUUUCCUUCUCUAUUUCAUCCCACAUGCUCUGGGGAGAAGCCAGUGCCUCUGGGUGCCUCCCUGUGGGCCCUGGGCUUGAGCACGACCAGCAUCUCUGAAGACAUGACUUCCAUCUGCCAGUGCUUCCAGGCUGUCCUCCUCCUGGCCCUGACCAUGCUCCUGCUGUCUGGCAUCCUGCACAUGGACGUGGGGCUGCUUAUACCUCUGCUCCGGAGCCAGGCCGAGGGGCCGCCCAUCGUCAAUGUCAUGUUCCUCAAGACGCACAAGACGGCCAGCAGCACUGUGCUCAACAUCCUCUUCCGCUUCGCUGAGAUGCACAACUUGUCCGUGGCCCUGCCCGCUGGCUCCAGCUUCCACCUGGGCUACCCCUGGCUCUUCCUGGCACACUACGUGGAGGGCUCAGAGCCCCAAGGCCUGCAGCAGCGUUUCAACAUCAUGGGCAACCACCUGAGGUUCAACCUGCCUGAGGUGCAGAAAGUCAUGCCCAACGACACUUUCUACUUUUCCAUCAUCAGAAACCCCGUCUUCCAGCUGGAGUCCGCCUUCACCUACUACAAAGACUACGUCCCUGCAUUCAGGGAUGCGGAGAGCCUGGAUGCCUUCCUGGCCUCCCCGUGGACCUACUACAAUCAGAGUGUGGGCCUGCUCAACGCCUUUGCCAGGAACAACAUGUGGUUCGACCUGGGCUUCGACAACGACGCACGCGCCGAUGACCAGGGCUACGUGCGCGCGCGCCUGGCGGACGUGGAACGGCAAUUCCAGCUGGUGCUCAUCGCGGAGCACUUCGACGAGUCCAUGGUGCUGCUGCGGCGCGCGCUGCGCUGGCGGCUGGACGACGUGGUGGCCUUCCGGCUCAACUCGCGGAGCUCGCGCAGCGUGGCCCCCCUGACGGCUGCGGGGAGGGCGCGCGCGCAGCGCUGGUGCGCCCUGGACUGGCAGCUCUACCAGCACUUCAACCGCAGCUUCUGGGCCCGCGUGCAUGCCGAGCUGGGCCCGCGGCUGCUGCGCUCUGAGGUGGCGCGGCUGCGGGCUCGGCGGCGGGAGCUCAGGGAGCGGUGUCUGCAGGACGGCGUGGCCAAGAACCAGUCGCAGAUUGCCGACCCCCAGCUGCGCCCCUUCCAGUCGGGCCAGGCGGACAUCCUGGGCUACAACCUCAGGCAGGGCCUGGAUGAGCAGACACAGCGGAUGUGUGAGAGGAUGGUCACUCCCGAGCUUCAGUAUAUGGCCCGCUUGUAUGCCCUGCAGUUCCCGGAAAAGCAACCCAAACGCCUUCCCUUCCUGGAGUAGGGGGGCGGCGCCAGGGACAGGGCACAAGUCCCAGCCCUUCUCCUGUCAUCCCUGGGAGACCAGGGUACCGACUGGUGAGGAGGGGGACUCCUGGGGCAGCUGUGCAUCGGGGUGAAGACCCCACUAAAGGCACCCACUCAGGAUCCAUCCUCUUGGAGGCGCCACUGCCGUGAGGGUCCCACUUUGGGACCUGAGGGUUUGAAUCUGGUUAACAGGUAGAAAAACCUUACAAGGUAGGAAAGUGAGUGACACUAAAUUACAAGUUAACAUACAGCCCCUCGAAAGGACACACGUGGGCACAUCGACCAUCACAGGAACUCGAGUGCAGGGGGUCAGGAGAAGCUUGGGCAGCAGGUCUGGGAGUCCCUGAAGGAGCCCCGGUGGCUCCCCAAAUCUGCUGGCUGUGGGACAGGGGGCUGGUCACAGAGAGGGUUGUGCGACGCCCACAGGGAGCCCUGGGAAGCUAACACAAGGCAGCAAGGAUCUGGAAUGUUCAGCUUCCCAUCUGUGGCUGGAUGAGGCAUCUUUGCAAGUAAAGAAUAGCUUUAGGUUGAGAAAAGUUGAAACUGCUUAUGAGACAAAUGGUUUAGCCAGAGCUCAAGGUGAGGAUUAGGGCCCCAGCCCCCUGUCCGGAUGGCCCCCUUGGAAUGUCUUGGGGUGUCUGACCUGCUGGAGGAGCUCCUGCGGCUUAUAGCACACUCUGUUGUCCUGGAGGGCACCCUGGAUGCAGUCCCAGAGGAGGGUUGUCGCAUGGCUGACGGCAUUCGGACAGCCUCCUCGGAGGGCAGCAUCGAGGCACCCGUUCGUCAAUUGUCGGGAGGGACGGAGGGCCCCCUGUCUCGAAGGAUGUGAUCCCGGGUGCCUGGGGGCCCGGAGGUUAGAGUGGGGUGCGCACCAGUGCUGUAGACCCCGCGUCCUGAGGAAAGUGGGGGGUCUGGGGCACUCACGGAACAGAGCUGCUCUUACAUGUGAAGCCUAGAGGCUCAGCUGUCCCAUCUGCCUGGCACCCAGUCCAUCUUCCUUCCUCAUAAGGUUCUCGGGCCUGACGACCCCAGGAGCUUGGCCAGGGCACCUGAGGAGGGGCUCCGUGUAUGGGCAUGGCCGCCCUUCUCGGGGAUCUACCUGUCAAGGAACCUGCCAGCAAUCAGAAGAUACAGCUCCCUGGGACACCAGUUUCAUGGAGGGAAAUUUUAAAAGAAUGAAUUUUCAGUGAGAUUAGAGGACAUAUUGCUGAGAUUUUGAAAGGCAAAGAGGAUAUUGGAAACUGAAAACAUGACUUUCAAAGCAGCACACCGAGACAGAAAAGAACAGAACGGGCAGGGCAGAGUCAGGGGCGGCGGGGACACCAUCCUAAGGAUCGUCAUCCUCCACCCAGAGGAGAUCGUGGAGGGCUGUCCUGAGGAACAGCGGAGAAAGCAAUCAGAUGCAGAAGAGCCAUUAGGCGGAUAAUGGAGAGCCUGAAGGAGGGUCAGGGUUAUCAGUAAGAAGCUACAGCCAAAGAAAGAAAUGAAAAUAUGACCCUGGUUGGAAGGAAGUAUCCAGGCAAAUGUGGUGCCCUGAGCAUCAGGCGCCCCCCGCACCCGAGCCACAGAGCCCCUUGCAUGGGUCAGCCCGGCCAGCCUGCCAGCGUGGGCUAAGGGAGGUAGGUGGCCGCUUCUGUCCCUGCUGCCCCAGAAGGGGGUCUGUUCUCAGCGGCAUGCGGAUCGGGACCAUGCCACACAUUACCACAUUUCCCUCCAGAACUUUGCCUUGUGACCCCUACCAUGAAGGAUCAGAGCAGAGCCAGGACUCAAAUCCAUGUCUAUUUAACAUGAAUGUCCCUACUUUCAACCCCUCAGGUCAUCUUCCACCAGGCUUCCUUUUAUAACAUAAAGAAAAAUGCCAAAAGCAACCCAUAACUCAUCCUAUGGCAUCAGUUCCAGUUUUUUCUACCAGCUUUCUAAAAUUAAGAAACGUUUCAAAUAUACAGAUACAAUGUGACUGACAGCCACUGAGCCAGCACCAUUAUUUAACAAGAUGUAACACUUUGCCCUUCUUGGUUUAGAUCUCCUUUAAUAUUAAAGAUAGGAAAUGUUGCAGGCUAAGGCUGAAAAUGUGUCCAUGUUGAUAAACUGUUCCUAUUUAUUCAUUUUAGCAGCCGCUUGGUCCCCCAAGGGAUCGGGACCACGAAGUUCCAAUAGAAAUCCAAGGGUGUUUGCUUUUGCCUUCGUGGCUGGAGGAAACAAAUCAGUUCUCUCUCUUUGGAAGGAAUUCCGGGGUUAUUUAUUCAAAGUGAAGUAUGUGCGGAUUGGAAGAGACAGCUUGGAAAACAACCAGCAAGGGAACUCCGUCCAGAAGACAGGUUUCGAAUGCUGAAGUUGUUUGCAGCUGCUAAAUGAUAGCGUUGGGAGCACAGGGUCUGCAGAAACUCCUCUAAGGUGGGGGGAUUUCGGAGCCUUGGUGAUGCUGGAGUGGGGGGGGGGCAGGCAGCCCAGGAGGGUGUAUGAUGGCCCCAGAGGACCAAGGACGCCCAGGAGCCAGACCUUCCUUCUGAUUUUUCAAGAGAAGCUAGAAAUACAGAUUUUUAAGUGAAAUCUCUAUAUUUAAAAAGGUUGGUGUCUCAUUAGAACAUUAAGGGGGUGGGGAGGAUGGGGGAGUAGGGUUAGAGAUACAAACUUUCAGUUUAGGAAGGCAGAAAUAAGGACGGUGGACAGGGGAGAGGAUGCAGUCCGUCACUGUGCAGUGGUCUGGUGUGCGGACGAUGGUGACCGCUGGCUGAGGUGAACCUUUUUGUCACACACCUACUUGUCGGAUCACUGUGUUCUGACCUGAAACUCACAGAAUAUCGUGUGUCAAUUAUACUCCCAACAGAAAACAAACCCCACAGAUCUCUUAUCCUCUUUAUAGAGGAAAGGUGAUUGUAAUAUAUGAAACACAGCUAGCUCUGACAUCAGCAGACAGGGAAGAUUACUAAUAGCUUACUUAAAAUUUUUUUCACCAUAUUGUUGAAAGCCUCUAUGAAUAAAAGUUUUUCAAAUGAUAA